GGCGGAAGUGGCGCCGUGGGCCGGGCCGGGCACGCGGGCGGGCCGGAGGGACGGAUCGCUGCGGGCUGGAAGUUUCUUCUCGGGCACCGAGUGCACUGAAAAGGAGUUUCUGUUGUUAAUACGUCUGUGCUAAUACGUCUGAGGUCUUGGUUUUAAAGAUCUCGGUUUCUUGCAGCUGACCGUUUGACUCUCUGAAGCAGUUAGUUCAUAUCCCGAGGGGAUCCGCAGUGUAGUGCAGUCGACCCGAGGUCUCUCUAUUUUCCCGUGGGUUGCUGCUUUCUAGAGCUCGAAAUACUGUUGAGAUAAUGACUGUGUAAGAAUCCACUUUCCUCAGGGGCUUCAGGUAUCGACCAUUGUGACUGACCACAUCAAUGAGCUGCUGAUGCUCGUGGCUGUUCCUUCAUUCUUCACAAAACUGUGGUGGAAUAGAUCAGCUUCUCAGCCUGCUGGAAUAAAGUGUGAAGUAAAUACUUUGAACUGAAAAGCUGUGUAAAUCUUCUAGUUGCUCUUUUCACUAGAGGUUUAGAUCCUAAUAAAGCAGCUAUGCCUGUUCAGUUGCUGAAGAUCAUGAAAGAACAAUCUGAGACUCCACUACCAAGGCAUUUGCAAAAGGAGGAUUUGAAACACUUGCAAGAAGGCUGUGAUCAUACCAACAAAUAUAUUCAGGGAAUAGUUGUUCUUUCCUACCCAUUAACAAAACUCGGAGAUGGGACAGACUUUUUCAAGAUUGUUCUUCAAGGUUUGGAUGACUUGUGUUCCCGGAUCAACAGCAUCAAUAUUUUAAUAUAUGGAAAAAUGGCAGAGGAUUGUGCGAAAGUUAUACACCAUGGGGACACCUUCAUAGUUGCAGGAUUUAAGGUGAUAAAAUCGCCUACAGCGAGAGAGGAUGGCAGACAUGGUUGUCACCUGGAGGUGUCUGAAGAAGACGGAUCAACCAUUUACUGCCUUCAAUUUUGUAAUCAGAUUUACACUAAACCAAGAACAGCUACUGCUUCAGAAACUGCAUUUGUGUCUAUUGCUCCAAAAUAUGUGUAUACUCCCCUGAAUCAACUUAAAGAUGGAACUAUAGUGAAUUUGUAUGGCGUUGUGAAAUUCUUCAAGCCUCCAUAUGUUAGCAAAGGCACUGAUUAUUGCUCAGUUGUAACACUUGUGGACCCAUCAAAUGUGAAGUUAACAUGCACUCUUUUUAAUGGAAAUCCAAAUUCCCUACCAAAAAUUUACAAAAUUGGAGAUAUUGUUCGAUUUCAUAGAAUAAAGAUCAGGGAAUACAAUGGACAAAUGCAGGGAAUUACCAGUGGGGGAUUUGCAUCCUUGACAUUUGAUGGAACUGUAGGAGCGCCAGUAGUUCCUCGAACUUCUAGCAAAGUGUACACUUUCAUGGAUGAAGAACAUAAAACAAUAGAAGAAUUACGUGUUUGGGCAGCCCGUAAUAUUUCCAUCCCUGGACCAGCAGCAAAAUUGUCUAGUGUUCAGCCAAUGCUGUUCUUUGAUCUCACUUGCCACCUGGUAGGAAAAGCAAAAGUGGAUGGAUCUUCUUUUCUUCUAAAGGUAUGGGAUGGCACAAAAUGUCCCUAUCCAACAUGGAGAGUACCUGUGGAAGCAAAGGACUUGGAAGGAGAAAAGGUUCUUCUUCAUCAGCUGAGAAAUCUAAUGGUGGACAUUCUAGUCUAUGAUAACCAUGUACAACUGGCAAAAUCACUUAAGAUUGGAAGUUUUCUGAGAAUUUACAGCAUUCAUGCGAAACAAGCAAGUGCUGAUAAUGAAGAUGUCUCUCAUAUAGAAUUUCAUCUUCAUGGUGGCACCUGUUACGGUCGAGGAAUAGGAGUCUUGCCAGAAAAUAACCCCGAUGUUAAGGAACUAAAAACAUUCUUAGAAUCUGUGGAUCUGGCAGACAGUCAGAAUAUGGAAAGCAUGUCUUCAGUGGAAUUAGACGACACUUUUAGCGAUUUUACGGAUCUUGAAUCGCACUUACAGAGAUGUCAGCAGUUACCUGUUACAGUAUUAACAGAUCAUCAGGAUUUGAAUAACACAGAACUGAAAACCAUUAUGAACAGCACAGCUCCUCGACAGUAUCGCAUUAGAGCAAAACUGAGAACCUAUAAACCCCAGAAGCUCCAUCAGUCUGUUAAACUUCAUUGUUCCAAAUGCAACUCCUUGCAAGAAGUUCCAGAUGGAGAUGUGUUUGACUUCAUUUUACAACGCUCUGCCAUCACUGCCCCAAACCCAGAAUUACACAAUACAUCCUGGUAUAAUUCUGUAAUGUGGACUACACAAGACCAGAAGCAAAGGAAAAUAGCUAUCCAUUUCGUAAAGCAUGAUGAAAUGCUUCAACAGCCUGAAGACACCUUGCUUAUGAUAGAAGGUGGAACACUGAAAGAAGUCUGGAAGCUUACAAAAAGGUUUAAGUGUGUUAUUCCUGUGAGAUCCACAGAAGUUGAUCUGGAAUUAUUAGAUCUUUCAGCUCCUUUUCUUUUACAAGGGAAUGUAAAAUAUUAUGGGUGCAAGCAGUGUUCAGCUCCAAAGCCUUUGAAGAGUCUGAGUUCCAUUGCAGGAGAACAGCGACCAUCAUGGGACCCAACUGAAAUAGCACAAGUUUUAGGUAUUGAACUUCUCCAGUAUGUUUUUAUUAUGAAGUUUACUCUGGUUGAUGGAACAGGAGCACUAAAUGCAUACCUUUUUGAUUAUGAAAAGUUUUUCCAAAUUCCUGCCUCUGAAAUCCUAACUAACAAUUUUCUUCAGGAAAAGAUGCAGAUGACCAUGAAUAUGCUCUGUCCUCCAGGAAGAAAAUUAGGUGACUUGCCAUGGCUGGAAUGCUUCAUCAAGUCCUAUAAUGUCAGAGAUGCAAAGAAACAUCAGGUUUAUUACCAAAUUUUUGACACUACAGUUGCUGAAGAUGUUGUAUAGUCAUGUGUUGCUAGUGAGAAGUAAGCCAGUAAGGAAUUUUUGGGGGUGGUUGGGGUCACAGACUGUAUUAAAAGAAAUCUUUGUUCCUUUCUCAGAAAUUCAAGCUGUGUGUAUGAGUUUUUAGUUUGUGUAUGAAUGUGAAUGGGAAUUAUGCUUUGAUGUAUUUACAUACAGCUUUGUGAUGCAAGGGCAAGUGGAGAUGCUAAGCUUUUCACUGGAAGCUGCUUGGCUCAGGUUGAUGGAAGCAGUCGAGUACUCAUCUAUCCUUCAAAAAGGCAGUCUUGAGGUUACUGUAAACUGAUGAGUUUUACUCAGAAAAUCUAGUCAGAAUUAUGCUUCUUGUUAUUUUUGUAUAAUGUCAGCAAAGAUAGAAGGAGCUUUUCAGUAAACUCUUUCAGACUACUUUGUGCAAGCCUAUGUUACUGUUCUCAACCAGUUUGACAGGGAGAUUGUUGAUUUUUAGAGACUUCUUUGAUUUUGCGCUGAUGUGUACAUUUAGACAGAACUUAUCCUCUUAAAAAUACUGAGGUAACCGCUACUUAUACCAGUUACUGUAGAUUCUGGUGGUGUUAUGAGCAUAACCAUGUAAUGACUAUCACUAAAAUUAAAGUCAAGUCAUGAAAGUAAGGUAGUGUAAAAUUGUUACAUGAAUAUUGACAUUUGGUAGAUGGUAAUGACUUAGGGUGGCCCUGUUGGGUACCAAAGUUGGUAGCAUGCUUAUUAGCUGGGUCUGUGUUUUCAAAGACUCUCAUGUAUCUGGCUAAAUGUACUGUCAGAUUGCACUGCCUAGAUCUGCCUUUUCCAUCUUACGUAAUCAGAUUGUAUGACUAAAUUUAGAGAUACAGAAUUGAUCGAGUGCUAUCAUGGAUUGAAAAUUCUGCGGGACUAGAAAAGUGACUUGGUUGUUUUCCUUUGCGUUCAGAAGUCCAUAGAACAAAUUCAGGACAUUUUUCUCCAUGGAUUUCUACAUUAAUAAUCCAUGGAGAAAAAUGUCAAAUCAGAUGCUUUCCAUCAGAGCAAAAUUACUUAAUAUUUAAACAGCUGUUUUUAAUGAAGUUCAGGAGCCAGAUGGAAUAUCUAUUUGUAAGUAGAUUAUUAUUUUGAUAGUAGAUGAGGGGUUUUUUUCCUUUUUCAGGGAUGUUUAGUAGAUUAUGAAAUUUGUCAUUUAAAAUUUCAUCAAAUAUUUUCUGAUAAUUUUCUGAUUUCUGAUAAUUUUCUCUAAAAAAUUAUACUGGGUUUAUAUGUUCUGAGGCAGGAGAUUGUUCCUUACUGAUUGGUGUAUAGGCAGAACCAAUAUUAAAAGUGGUUAGUGGAUAUCUCCUUUAAAAAUUCUGAAAAAUAAAACAACUUUGGACUUGAACAAGCAGUUUACCAAAGAGUCUACUGACUUAUGAAAGUUCACCUGAAUAUUUGAAUAAAUGUAUCAACAAAAAUAGUUACAGCAAGUUACUAAAUGAUUAUUAUAAAACUUUGGACGCUGGCCACAUCCAGAUAAUUUCAGAAGCUACGGGUUAAAUUAAAGGCAAUCUUUUUUGCUUUUAUUGUAUAUAGUGUAUGAAAACAGGAAUUUUUAUUUUUCUAUUUUUGUUAACUCCGAAAGAUAUUGGUAUUGUACAUUUUUUCUAAAUAAAUCUUUGUAAAGUAAUAAAUGAGAAUAUGCUUUGAAUUUCGGUGUAAAAUCAGUAUCACCAUGUACCUUGUCUGAGAUCCGUGCCCGAAAACUCUGCAUAUGCAUCACAAUUUUUUUACUAUUGAAUAUUGUAUUAAAAUGCUUAAUAAAGAUAUCUCCAAAUAUUAAA